AUGGCCGGGCCAUAUACUGUUACUUAUGCGCAAUGGACGAAUCCGUACACAGGUGCUAGCACAGGCGGCCAAGCCUACUACUCAACCAACGCACAACAGCCCGCCGUUAGGCAACUGGCCCCUCCUACUACUGCGCUUUUCAGAUAUCCCGGCGUCAAAUAUGGGUAUGAAGAGAGCGAGGAUGAAGAAGAUGAAGACUCUGAUGACGGAGGUGCACCUGUCAUGUCGGGUGCAUUACCUGAGGCUCCAGAGCCACCAACUGUCGCGGAAGAGUCAACGCCAGCAACUCAGGAUCCACCGGCGCCAGUAGCACAGGAAGAUGUGUCAGCCGAAGCACCACCCGCCGAACCCCUACCCGAAACACCGGCAGAGGGGACGCCGGCAGGCAGUGAUGAGCCCAAGGCUGAAGGUGAGCCUGCCGUUGCAGACGUGAAGGAUGAACCACAAGGACCGAGCGAGACGGCUGCGGAGACUGCUCCAGCAGUGCCUGCAGAAGGAACACCAGCCCCCGAGGACGAUGCGAAGGUGGAGGCGCCUGUUCCACAAGUUACAGGUGACAGUAUCAUCGAAGUGCCAGUCGAACAGCAGCCUGUUGAGGAAACACCGCCCGCACCAGAGAGUGAACCAACAUCUCCGCCUCCGCCCCCGCCCCCGCCUCCGCCUCCGCCACCCGCACCACCUGGGGACCCCGUGCCAGAGGCCGUUACCGUCGAUGGUGAGAAGAGUGGUGAGUCCGAGCAGGCAGCUCAAGAGCCCCCAAAGUCCCCUAAACCUCAAGAGGAGAAAACCGUACACUUUGCUUCUGACACGAAAGAUCCAGACUCUGCAAGCAUUGGCAAAAAGAAGAAAGAUGAUAGGAAGAAGCUUAAGAUCAUCGGAAAGGGCAAGCCUAACGCAUUUGUUCGCAUAAGAGAUCCACCGCCGCCUCCAUCACCACCGUCACCGAAAGAAGAAAAGAAGCCCGACAAAGCCAAGAAGAAAGAGCGACGCGGUUCUUUCCUGUCCAUAUCCUUGGGUCCGAAAGAAGAAAAGCACGUGGCCGCCAAAGAUGAAAGUUCGAGCUCCUCCAAAAAGAAGCUCAGCAAGGCCGAUGAACGGAAACGCAGAAAGCAGGAGAAGAAGGGCAAAAAGGGUAGCAACGAUGAUGAAGUUGCGCCUGGCGAGGACAAGUCAACCGCAGAGGAUGGAGAUGCACAUUCGGAGGUUGCAGGAAGCGCCGCCACCACAGCUUCUGUCGAAGUGCCUUCGGAAGCCUCCGUUGAAGUCACCCACGAACCAGAGCCGGUCGUCGAAUCCGAGCCCGCUGCAGAACCGGAUCCUGCACCAGCGGCAGGUGCGGCACCCAUGCAGUCGGCCCCUGAUGAAGAAGCUGUGGAUAAUGCACAGCCCGUAGCCGGCGAAGCAGAGGUGGCGGCACCUGCUGCGGAUACGGUCGUUGCUGGGGCAGAGGCUGUCGCCGAUACAAAUCCUGUUGACACAGAGGAUGCCGCCGAGCUCGUCCCGCCUGCCGAAGAUGAGCCAACUACAGAUGAGACACCAGUGCCGGAUGCGAAACCGACAGUCGAAGAAACGGUUACGGAUCAUGGGCAAAUUACGAACGAAGAACCAGCUACGCUCGAACAACCAGCUACGGUCGAAGAAUCAGCUACGGUCAAAGAAUCAGCUACGGUCAAAGAACCAGCUACGCUCGAAGAACCAGCUACGCUCGAAGAGAACACCACUACCGAAUCAAUGCCUCCCGCCGAUGCUACAGAUGAAACAACUGAAGUCAACGAAUCAGCUGCUGUCAGUGAAACACCUUUGAUCGACGAUGCGCCUGUAUCCGAGGACGUUGCAGAGGUACAAACAGCUGAAGAACCGUCGUUGACCAAAGAAACGGUAUCAAUCGAAGAAACUCCCGCUACAGAAGACGCGCCGAUCGCUGAGGAAACAGCUGCGGCAGAAGAGUCAUCGACAAGUGGUGAUGCCGCUCCGGUCAACGAAUCAUCUUCAGUUGAAGAGCCUAAAGAUGAAGCACAGGCUCUUCCUAUGGAUUCGUCAGCUACAGAAGAUGCAAUCAUUGAUCCGGAACUUGCACUCGACAAUUCCGCAGAUGAUGCGAUUUCCAGUGACGGCAAGGAAGAGCAGCCGCCUAGCGCCGAUGUAGAGACGGCGGUUCCCAAGGAAGCAAGUCUAGCAGAAGAUCCCGCCAACUCUGACUCUCCUGAGGUUGACCAUGGGACGCCAGAAUCUGUCGACCCCAUGGAACCGCUGGAGCCUGUGGAAAAUGAAGACACCUCUUCUACCGCCGUUAUUGAUCCAGUUGUCGAAAGCUCAGUCGAUGCAGACGAAGCUACCUCUGGAGGUGAAGGUAGCAAUGACGUGACAUCCUCUGAAGAUACAGAUGUGAGUCUGGUCGAAAGCGAAGAUACUUCCGAAGUGUUGGACGCGAGUCAAACGAGCGAAGACACAAGUACUGUUGCUACCGAAGAUCCUACACCGCCUACAACAGUUGCUGAGGACAGUCUGCCAGAGGCACAAGCCGACCCUGUCAAAUCAGAGGCGCAGGUGUUAGAUACAGAUGAAAAGGAUGCCCCAGAAGUUCCAAGCACAGACAAAUCAACAACAGAAUCUCCGCUGUCCGAUGACAAGACCACGCAGGAAGUGCCUGCGGUAAAAGAAGCCACUGACGAUGGCGAAACUAGCGAGGAAGUGGGACACGAUCAGAACCUGGAUGAAACAAACGAGACAGCUGUAUCGGCCGACUCCUCAGCACCGGAAAACGACACCUCGAGUACCGAGAGCCCCGCAGCUGCACCUCCAGAGGUGGCCUCUGUCCCCGUCGAAGAGACAGCAAGCGCAGAGGCCGCACCUGUUGACUCGACAGCUUCACUUGAACCUCCACAAGCUAGAGAUGAUGGCGAACAUGUUAGCGACAAGGAAAGCGACGACGAAUGGGACAGAAGCGACGUAGACGAGCCUUCACAGGUGCCCGAAGAUCAAACUGAGUCGCUCAAACCCAUGGCUGAGCCGGAUUCACUAAGCAAUAUUGAACAAAAAGAGGAGGGCAACGACCAGCCAGUACAGGUCGAGGUGCAGGAUGCGGAAGGGGCAGUAGACGCUGUCGAGAACGACGAGUCAGCGACACCAGAGCCUACGGCUGCAGACGCAUCUGCACCUAUUCCAGUCAUGCCGUCGGAUGUCUCAAAGACAGAAGUGGAGAGCACCUACGACGCUCUACUCGAUGACGCAACGCCAGCUAGUACAGAAACUCAGGACCUCGCAUCCAAACCGAUAUUAACAGAGCCUGUCUCCUCUGAGUCUGAAAAAGCCGACACUGCCCAGGCCACACCGAGUACAGAUGCGCAAGUGACUGUCGUUGUAGAAGUCGUCAAUGACAGCGAGAGCGCGACGGAGCCGCCCGAAGCCGAUGCAGCUGCAUCUGAUGACCACAGUAGAGCCAUUGAAGCAGACUUUUCGAUCAGCAAAGACGUUGGCGAAGAUGAGAAUGGUGACGAUGCGAGUACUGAAUCUGGAUCAAGCCCAUCUUUGGUGGAAGUAGACACCGACAAGUCAGCAGACAAUCAAACGUCUGCGACUGGCAGCGCUGAACUCGUGGCGGAAGACACUGGCGAUUCUUCUGCAGAAAACCCUCCUGAAACUAACGUUGGCACUGAAGAGCCUUUUGCAGUCGACCCAGAGGCAGCUGCAGAAGCCAAAAAUGAUGGCAGGGUCGCCGAUGAUACAACAGAUACUCCGGAACCAGUACACAACGAGGUCGAUAGUGUGAGCUCUGUUUCAGAUACUUCAGAUGAUGCUGCAAUUAGUGAAAAUGUCGUGGACGCGGACUCCGAUAUUGUGGCGGCGGAUGAAGUGCCGGCAGAUUCGAAAGAAGACCCAGUACCAGACGAUACACAGGAUACUGAACCAGAAGUUGAAGUCGAAGCCCCACCCAACCCUGUCCUUGUAGCUGCGGCAAUGAGAGCUCUGUGCCAACCCGAGAAAGAACCAGACGAGCAAGACAGCGAGCUGUUGGUGGAGCAGUCAACCUCCGCUGAGCAAGACGACCAAGCCGACGAUUCAGUACUGGAAGCGGAAACUGCGGUAUCCCCGGAAGGUGAACUCAGCACAGAUGCUCCAGAAACCACGUCGGAGAUUGAGACCGACCUCGCUACCGAUAUUGCGCCUGGAGAACCUUCUGCAGUCGAAUCAGAAGAGGCUGAAACCAAGGAAACAAUAGACGAUACGGGUGAGAAAGAACACGUUGCAGUCAUCGAUGUUGUAGAAGCUGCAAAGCCUGAAGUUAGCACAGGACCGGACGAGCAGGCACCGGACGCUACUGCUGGCACGGAUGCAACUGCUACUGCACAACCCGCAGAUCAGAGCGUCCUUGAGUCUACUUUAUCCACUGUAGAACCUACCAGUGACUCGCAGGCCGAAGAAUCCAUCUCACCAGUUCCUGUGGACGAUGCAAACAAGCAAUUAGAUGAUUCACCAGGAUCAACUGGUUCGCAGGAGGCUACAGAUACUGAGACAGCGGGUUCUGCCACUCCAGCCGAGCUAUUAGCACACGCUGAGGAAGCUUUGGAUGCAGAUAGCGAAGAAACAGCGGUAUUGGACGAGGUUAAACCUACCGAACAGGAUGCGGCAUCAGUACCGGCUGCAACAUCUCCACCAGAUCUUGAACCAGAUGAGAAGAGCUCGCCCGCCGAAGUCACCGAAAGUGCAUCUGCUCCAGAUGAUGACUCACAGCAGCCAGAAGCAGACGCUGAGGUCACAGUGACAUAUGCACCAACAGAGGAAGCAGUAGCAGUAGAUUCUUCGACUGAGGUUUGUUCUCAGCCCGAAGAAGAUGAAGACAAGACGCCUACGCCAGAACUCGAGAUGGAAGCUGCCGUCGAAGAGCAAGUCCAGUCAGUGGAAGAAGUCAUCAGCGACCUACCUGACACGGAUCAUCCAAUUUCUGAAGCCAGCGACGAAGAGAAAGAUACGACAAAAGUAGCCAGUGAUGUACCCAACGACGCUGCAGAGAAAGCUGCGGAUGCGAAACCCUCUGAAGACACAGAGGAGGGGAAAACGACAACAGUCGAAGAUCAGGCUACCGAAAUUCAUGAAGAGUCUGCACCAGAGCCAAUCCCGGAGAGUGAGGAUACCCUUGUUGAGCUGCAAGAGAAGGAAGAGCUAGCAGUAGAGGUACAUCCGGAGACGCCUAGCGCUCCGACUACGGAUGUGGUCCCAAUAGAACGGGCCACGAGUGAUGGCGAGGAUGACGGAACAGCGACGAACUCACCAAGCGAAGCUAGUGAGCCAGUCUCCGAUAAUGCUGCGCCAGCUGCAGACGUUGAGCAGCAACUGGUCACAGAGCCAAAAGCAGCACCAGAGCAGCCUCCUGCCGAACAGCAACAAGAGCUUCCUGCCCUAGCUGAACCUGAGACUGAGGUCAAGACCGAGCAGGAGCUCACUGAAUCGACAUCCGUAGUGGAUGCCACUGUCGAGGCGCCUCCGGAACCCACUACUGAGGAUGCCAAAACAGAAGCUACUCCCGCGGUAGACACAGCAGCGGAAGACGCCGUGCAACAAGAACCACUUCCUGAGCCAGAAUCAACCAAGAUCGAGACCGAAGACAGCUCUGAAUCACCAGCAAUAGCACAAGAUGAUGCGGCUGCUGCCGAAGACUCUACCGACAAGGCUGAGCAAGUUGACAGCCCUGCUGAAACAGAGAACGCUGAUGCCGUCGUGGUGCCUGAAUCGGAGCCUCAAGCAUCGACUACGCAAGUAGAGAAUGAGCCUACUACGGAGUCGAAACCUGCGAUAGCAGUAGACGCUGCUGAGUCCGCAUCAAGCGAAGUACCAGCAGUGGACACUGCCACUAAGGAAGACGCUCCUCAGGAGGAUGAGACUGUUGCAUCAACCACAGAGCCGUCUGAAGUCGCACCAGAGGUUCCUUCGGAGGCGGAACGUGCUGUCGAGCCUGGCACUGCACCUGUAGAGUCUGUUCCCGAAGAGCCUGCGCCUACCGAGCCUGCGCCUACCGAACCUGCGCCUACCGAACCUGCGCCUAUCGAACCUGCACUUGUAGUUGAAGUUUCUGCUCCUAUCGAACCCACGCCUGAUGAACCAGCUCCCCAAAAAGCAGACGUGGAAGAACACGUUCUACCUGAGCCUGCUACUGUGGAGGUUGCAGUCUCCGAACCAAUUGAGGUUAGCCCCACCCCUGUCGAGCCUCCUCCUGCUGAGCCUAUUGCUUCAGAAGCAGUGGUUGUCGAAACUGCAUCUGCGGAAGCCGUAAGCGUGGAGCCUGCUGCUGUAGAGCCUGUUGUGGAAGAGCCUGUUGUGGAAGAGCCUGUUGUGGAAGAGCCUGUUGUGGAAGAGCCUGUUGUGGAAGAGCCUGUUGUGGAAGAGCCUGUUGUGGAAGAGCCUGUUGUGGAAGAGCUUGUUGUGGAAGAGCCUGUUGUGGAGGAGCCUGCUGUCGAGGAGCCUGCUGUCGAGGACACCGCUCCUCAAGAGCCAACAGCCCCCGAGCCCCCUAGCGAAGAACCAACCCUGGAAGAGCCUGUGAAGCCCGAGCCGAGUGCUGUCGAGUCAGCACCUAUCGAGCUUGUCGAAGCAGCUGACAGCCAGCCUCCUUUUGAAGAACCUCCACCCACUGCGUCUCUCCCUGCUGAGGCUGUGGCUGUUGAGGCCGUACCUGUAGAAGCAACACCUGAAGAACCGACUACUAACGAAAUUGUUAACGAAGUACCUGUAAGCGACGAGUCAGCAGCCCCUGGAUCACCGGCGGCCUCUCAAGAAGAUGCACCCCAGGAAGCUGUCGCUGAAGCAUCUCCGCCAGCACCACCGCAAGAAAUCAUACAGCCGAUUGAAGAUGUCGUCCCAGAUCCAACUGUAGAGGCAGAUGAGAUUAAUGAGCGUGGAUUGACUCCUCUGGAAGAACAACCUACGACCGAGUCGAUUGAGAAGGUGGCUCCCGCACCGCCAGUUGAUGCUACAUCUGCAGCGCCCCCAGCUCCCGCCUCGGUCUCCCUCGACCCAGCUCCAAGAACACGAGAUUUUGCUGCGGUAGACGACCCUGCUGCUGAGUCACGAGACAAACACCACCGAAGACACUCUCACUCCCGCCGCGAGGGCAAACACCACUCCCACCGCAGACUUGAGAGCGAUGCGAGUACUAGAGAAAAGCCAAACUUCCCUGGGGCUCCUAUGCUGGCUGCUGCAAAGCCCUUUGGGUCUACUAAAAGUAAGCGCCGCGACAGCACGACAGACCGCGACCUCGUCAAAAACAAACCAAAAGCGAGGGAAGCAGAAGCAAGAGGUAGCCCAAUUAGGGAGCCAGCAUACCCUGAACACCGAUCUCACCGUCAUCGCGACAGUCAGGAGCCGGCGUACCCAGAGCAUCGGACUGAUCGCCACCGUGAAAGCCGGGCCGAGGAUAGGCAUGGUAAGCGUCGUGCUCCAGAUGUGGUGGACGAAGACCUCGAGCGAAAGAAACGGCGCGAAGCUCGUCGUGUCGAGAAAGAACGAGCAGCCGCAGAUGAGCUAGCGAAACUUGCAGAGGAGGAAGUGCAGAGACAAAAGCGUCGUGAGCAGCGUCGAGCUGCAAAAGUCGCGGAAGAAGAGGAAGCAGCUAAGCUUCGAGAGGAGGACGUGCAACGACAGCAGCGUCGCGAGCAGCGUCGUGCUGCAAAAUUGGCCGAAGAAGAGCAGCGUCGAGCAGCGAAGCAGGCAGAGGAGGAACUAAUUAAGCAGCAAGAAGCAGACAGGAUGAACCAGGAAGAAGAGGCACGGCGCAUUCGGCAUGAGAGAAGACGACAGCGUUAUGAAGCCGAGAAAGAUGCAAAGCGCUUGGAAAAGGAGAAAGCAGAGCAAGCCGCACGUGAUGAAGAGGAAGUGCAAAGAGCUAAGAGACAACGGCGCGCGGAAAGGGAAAAGGAGAAGCUCGAGGCGGCGAAGGCUCGAUACAGAGAGGUCGAAGUCCCUCGUGACGCUGCACGCCGUGCAGCAGAAGAAGACUCAGCCAGUCCUGCACCUGAGGCUACUGAGUCACCGCGUGGUACACCUCGUCGCCGAAUGAGUACCCGCGAGCCUCCACCGCCCACACCGAGGCGCGGCAGCUUUCUCGGAGGACUCUUCGGUCGCUCGAAAGCGGAGCCUUCUACUCCUCCUUCAAAGCUCGUCACGCCCAAGUCUCGCGUUCGUACCGAGCCUGUUGAGGUUGUCGAAACGCCCACCUCGGCCUUGCGCAAGGAAAGGGAGCAUCACUCCAGCAGCAAUCACUCAUCAAACGAGAGCCGCGAAAGAGGCGAGCGCCCUCAUCGCAGUCGCCGACACUCGCACGGUCAUCACCACCGAUUCAAGUCGGCCGAAGAGGAGGCAGAGUACUACCGCCGCAAGGAAGAGCGAAGAGCUGCACGAGCAAGAGAACACGAGAUGUCCGGGGCCCGAGACGGUGGAGUCUCACUAGAGCCUCCAGUCUAUGACCCUCCCCCACCCCCUCCAAUGUCGGCCGCCAUGGAAGUCGACCUUGGCCCUGACCCAGCCGACGAACCAGCGGGGCCCCCAGAACCCACAGCCUUGGACACGGAGUCACCCGCGCUCUUAACCGACGACGCCGCCGGCAUCCUAGGCAUAAGCUCCGGCUCAGAGCGCCGCGACCGCGACCGCGACCGCGACCGCGACCGCCGCCACGGCACAAGACGCGUCUCGAUCCUCGACGAGCGACCCAACCGCAACCGACGCAUCGCCCCGGGCUCCGACAAGGGCGAGCGGCCCAUCAGCCGGCGCGUGCAGUCCGAGCGCUCGCGCGCGAAGGCGUACGGCGACGAGAGGCCACGGGCGCGCAGGAGCGAGACGACGGAGAAGCGGAGCGCGAGGACGGCGCAGGAUAAGAAGAAGGGGAGCGAGGGGGGGCUGAAGGGCUUGUUUGGCGGCUUCUUGAAGAAGUCGUGA